AAUACAACUGUUUGUGGUGCGGUAUCAGUUUAGUAAGCUGUAGCUUUGAAAGCCGGUCUCCUGUAUGCGCAAUCUUCGUGUUUCAUAAAACUAUGGAGAAAGUUCGAGUAUUAGCACUGUUAAAAUGUGUAUAUCAUCGUAUCCAAUAUAAAUGAGAUGAUCAGAAUGUUAAGUGUUCGUCGUACCCAUGAAAUUCUGUUUGGCCGUGGGUUAACUCAUUAAUACUUUAUGCUUCUUAUAUGGUAGACAUGAAUUAUCAUUCCUGUGUUGUCUUUCAUACUCACGAAAAUGGCGUUGGUCGUGAGUUCUGUAAUAACACGAAGAAAAAAAAUAUAUUUUAUUCCGUUUCCCCUUUGAACCGGCGCAGUUGACGCUUAAUUACCAUACUGCCCAGCUUAUCUAUAAACUUGGACUUCCCUUGUAAAGACGAUGAACAUGACAUCCUGUCGUAGCAGUAACAGUAAUAAAUGAAAAAUCACAAUUUGUACUUUUAUUUAUUCGUCCAUUCUUUGAUCGUUGUUUAGAGCGAUAUUACAUACGUCAAUAUACAUUUACAACUUCAGAUGCUGUGAAAAUUGGCCGAAUUUACUUAAGGAAUGUCAAUCACCAACUUUCUGUUCCAAAUGUGAAGAUAUUUUGUUGAUGUCUACCUGCAUAGGGAGAAACAUACUCCAUAAUAAAAUAAGGGAAAUCAGAGCUCAUGCAGAAAGAUAUAGUUAAAUUUUUCCACUUGCUAUUCGAGAUUGGAGAACUAGUUUGGAGGUGGUUUGAUGAAUCCUCUGCUGGGCACUUACAUGUGAUUUGUAGUGUGCCCAUGUAUAGGUAGAUGUAUUGAGAAGUUCAUCCUUGACAGCUUGUGUAUCAACACAUCAGUGAAAUAUACCAAUCUUUAUUUUGGAUUCACUAAAAUAUAAUUUCUGCUACAGUUACAAAAAAAUUAUAUCCUGUCUCCCCCAUGCUUUGGGGAAAGAAAAUAAUGCUAAAAUCCAGUUUUUGUUAAGAACAGAGUUUAUAACUUCGUGGUAUUUUUGAAGUGCUGCAUUAAUUAAUAUUGUGUGUUCGAGACUGAGAUGAUUGAUGUCCAUGCGAACCAUUCCCUCUGUAGUGGUGUACCUUGGCGUAGCCCUGUCCCACAAAUAUUAAGACAAAAAUAAUUUUGUGUAAAUCUGUCCCCUAAACAUAUCAUAUCCCACAGUGACUAACAGUUGCUUUAUGUUGCGUGUUGUGAUAAUUUUCCCUUCAUGCAGGCUGAGCAAGUGACUGAAGUUGAUGAGAACAAGUUAGAAUCAUGCAGGCCAGUCUUCAGGCUUUCCACAGGAAUCUGUUUAUCAUUAUAAAGUAACUUAUAAAAAAAAUUGUACAAAUGAAGUAUCGUAUCAGAAGAAAAAUGCCCCCAAGAAAAGUAUACUGUAAAAUUACGAGAGAAUUGUUGGAGUACUUUCCUUAAAGAGAUCACUUACAUACAGGAGGAACAUCCGACUGAUGCUUGGGAACAACAUAUUUCAUCUGUUGUGUCAGCCUGAGAGUGAAUAGCCAACAUGAAAACCAGAUCUAGUAGCAGAGGCAGAGGGGAAAGCUGUUCAGUCAAGAGGACGAAUGAAUCAAGAGAAUGUGCAUCAGACAUCAGUCAAAGUGCACAGCAUGAUAAUACAAAUUAUAACAGAAGUUUUAUAGAAUUGACCAAAAACAGCAGGAAAAGAAGGCAUUCUGAUGUUACAUGCAGCAGUAAGAAGGCAGUGACUAACUACCACGAAGAAUUGGAACAUUCCAGUAAGCAGGACCAGCUUACAAAUGUUCUAAAUAAAACAGUGUCAGUGGUGCUAGAGCCAUUUGAUUUGGAGAAUAAUAUGCAGGCUAAAGUUGCAAAUCGCAAUAAAAAGAAAUGCAUCAGAGAUGUCAAAAUAACUACUAAGAGUUCAAAUGGUUGCAGCACAGAAAAUCAAGACAACUCGACAACAGGAAGCAUGGACUCUCGAAGCAGUGAAAGAUGUUUGCAGAAAUCUACUCAUCAUGAUGGCAAAGAACUACAUAAUAGUGAUCAGAAGAAUGUAGCAUCCCUCAGCUUGAGUCAUGAUGAUGACCAGGGGUUGUUGGAGAGUUCGACCCAUCAGAGCAGAAGACAGUUGUGGGAUGCUUCCCACAAAAUGAGUUCAGAAUUUCGUCGAGAACGCCGUAAAAUAUAUAAGAAGCCAGUUUGUAUAUGUUGUGUAGGAAAAGAUAACAACAGUGGAAAUGAAAUAAGAGUUCCAUGUGAUGGCUUGAAGGCAAAACAUAACAAACAUAUGGAGAAGAGCAUCAGAAAUAGUGAUGUAAAUAGAGCAGCCAGUAGUACCCAAAAAAGAAAAACUGUUGUGGGUGCUUCUCACAGCAAAGUGAAAGAUGCUGAUUAUCAGUAUGGAGGCAGACCACUAACUACAGAGCACAGCAGUACAAGCUCUGAAACUAUCACAACACUCAAGAUGAUGAGUGAAGUAUUUAAAGAUGGCCAGUCAUCCAGAAACAGAGAGAUUAUUAACAGCCACAGUAGUAGGAGGUCAGUCACACCAACUUCAUGUUCUGUAGCCACAGCACCUUUGCAGAUGAGAGACAGUGCAGCUUCACAACCUGCACAUGCACUUACACAUUUAGAAAUGCACCCAUACUUGCGUCGACGGUCAGCAUCAGCGCCUCCUCAGUUACAGUUGGGUGACACUUUUCGAAAAACUGUUGAUGAGUUUGCGCAUGUACUUCAGGAUGUGGCAGCACAUCUGCAGAAAUGUGCUAAUAGAGUUGGUGAUACAUUAAGUGACCAAAGUUUUGAGCAUAUGGUAGCUAGCGUUUCUCACUUGGUGUCCAGCUGCACAUGCCAUUCACCUAUCGGAUGUUUACUAUAUAGCAUUCAUAUUAUGAAUGCAUUAAAAAGUAGACUGUCUGCAGAAUUAAAUGUGAUUUCAUUAUCCAAUGGUGAUGCAGUACAGCCAGCAGCAGCAGGCACGCAAUCAAAUGGGAAUUUAAUGGGAAGAUUCCAUCUAGAAGCAAGCAUCAAAGAGAGGAACAAUACAGAAGCCAGUAUAGGAGGUAGUAUAUCUGAGUCUGCACCUCAGUGUGAUGCCACAACAUUAACAAUGAAAUCCAGAAACAUAGUGUCAACUGCUGAGACCUGCAUAAGCACAUCACACAGCACUUCUCUCACUGAAGAGACAAACGACACACCAUCACCAGUAGGUAGCACUGAUAAUGCUUAUAUUGAAGCAAGUAUCAGAGAAACAGCCCAACUGGAAGCAAACACAAAAGAGAGUACCAGCACAAUAACAUGCAUAACAGAAGGCAGUGUCUCAAAGUCAGCAUCAGAAUAUGGCGCAACGUCAUCAUCAGUUGAGCCCACAAUCGUUGUGUCAGCUGCUGGGACAUUUACUAGUACUAUUUCCUCACCCACUGGAGACCCAAAAGAAAUCCUGGACCUACAUGGAGUGGAUACUGUAGUUUCUGAUCAGAAUAAUGGAAAUGGCAGAGUGGAUGAUAGAACAGGGUGUGCUAGCUCCAAGAGUAAUUUAAUGUGUGGGAGUGCAGAACGAGAACAAGAUGGUGAACAGAAUACUUUUGACUCUGUCUCUCUCUCUAUGGAAGAGAUUGAAAUAAAGGAAGAAGUUGAAACCUCAGAAAGUGACAGUGAAUUAGAGUUGUCUGAAAAACAGUACUCACAAAAUGAGGCAGAAUCUGAUGCAGGUAGUUGUGGUCCUGAAGGGGAUGAGACAGACAGAGAUGAAGAUAUGGUUGAGGUUGAGUGUAACAUUGUCGAGGCCUCAGAUCCAAGUAACCACACCGGAAAUGAAUCACAUAUGAAAGAUCUGAGAAUGGAGGCACAGCAUGAAUAUGACAAUAACAGCACAGAAAAUGAUGUUGCUGAGGAUGCUACUAGUAAUGGAGCGAAUACUGCUCCUGCUGUCAACAGGGGAGAUGAUACUGAUGCAGCCAACAAUACUGGAUACAGUGUAAGUGGGGAUGAUGAUGGUGAUGUGGAUUAUGGUGGCAACAGAAAUGAAGAUAAUGUUGAGGACACAAUUGAUGAACGGUAUGGUGGCCACAUUAAUCAAGAUAAUGUUGGGGACACUACUGCUGAACAAGUUGUUGCUCGAGGUAAUGAUGAUGGUAUUGAGGACACCGACACUGAAGUCAUUGGUGGCCACAGUGCUGAAGGCAGUGUUCAGGACACCAGUGCUAGUAAGUGCGGUGAUGGCCAUGGUACUGAAGAUGGUACUGGGGAUGCCAAUGCUGCCGGGGAUGAUGGCAACAGAAAAGAAGACAAUGUUGGAGAUGCCAAUGAACCUGAGUUAAUUGAUGGCGCUCAGUAUAAUGAUCGUUGGCAAUUUGUUGAACCACCUUAUGGUGGUGGUUAUGCUGGACCUUACUAUGAAGAACUGUAUGACCCUGAUGUUGUGGCUGUCCAUGCUUUGGUAUGCACUCUGCGACAUUGGGAUGGUUUGCCAGAAGGCCAUUUUUCUAAGCAGAUGGAAGUUAGGGUAUAUGGCGGAGGCGUCUGGCAAGUUCUUCAGAUACCUAAUCGUUAAUGCUACUAGUAAUGCAGCCAAUAUUGCUCCGGCUGUCAACAGUGGAGAUGUUACUGAUGCAGUCAGCAAUACUGGAUAGAAUGUAAGUGAGGAUGGUGAUGGUGGUAAUGAAAACAUUGUUGGGGAUGCUGGUGCCACCGAGGAGGGUGACAACAGAAAUGAAGACAACGUUGGAGAUGCCAGAAAGAAUACUGGUGCUAGGAAUAACACACAUGGCUCUUUGGUGGGCAGCAUUCUGGUGGUGGUUACACGGAAUGUGACCAUCGCCAAUUCCAGGACCCAACGUCGUGAUUGUCCAUGGACUGUAUGUAAAUUGUAGAAAAUUGUGUCUGGCAAGUGUAUCAUAUACCAGGAUUUUAAAUGUUCCUACUUUUUAUUAAUAUUGAAUCUGGUGCCAAAGACUUAGAAUGAAAAAGAGUUCUAUGACAAUUUAAGAAUUGUAUAUGUCUUAAAGAAUACGUUAAAUACAUUUUCAAUAAAGUCCCCGUCUGUGUUUCUAA